GGGGAAGGCACGACCAGCGACCGAACGACUCCACAGACCCACACACAGCCCUCCAUCACAAUCAAUCCACCCAUCAAGGUGUUUGCUUGCAUGACAUCUGCCGCGCUUUUCUUUGCCCACGAAACCGAAAAACCCCAGACUCAACAGGUGGGAUAGCGUGAUAUCGACCACAGCUGGCAGUUCACGACAGGUUCAGCUAUAUCCCAGGCUUACCGACGCGCUCCCGAUCGGUCUUGCAACCUCAACCUCCGUCGACCAACCCAGCCGGCUGGGACGUCCCUCAGGCCUUCGGUGGGCGCCUCUGCAACGCGAUUGGCUGCGUGGGUGCUGUGCCGUGGGGAGGCUUGCACUGUCGAGGACCCAUACAGCGUCAUCAUUGAGGCGUGGACGGAAGAAGGGCAAUUUCUCUGCAGCGUGAUAUCUGCACCACUUGGCCCUCCAGCUGGCAGGGAAGCCGGCCUUUUAGCAAGUGUCACCGGUAGCUACUUCUAAUACACAGGAUGGACUCUGCAGGAGAUAACUAUCGUCCAAGCGACCGACGCGACCGCUCCCCCCGUCGACGAUCUCGCUCACCGCGACGCUCCAGACGCUCCUACUCGCCCCGUAGCCGCUCACGCAGCCGAGAGGACUACCGCCGCACUGAACGCCGCUCGCGCUCCCCCCAAAGUGGUGCGCAAGGUGCAGGAGGCUACCAAUCGUACGGUGCCGGCCGAGGAGCUUCAUCGCGACCUGUCGAGAACAAGGGUGAAAUGAUGCAGAGUAUUAGGGAUUCUUCGCAACAAGAUCGCCGUGUCUACGUCGGCAACCUGUCCUACGAUGUCAAGUGGCACCACCUGAAGGACUUCAUGCGCCAAGCUGGCGAGGUCCUCUUCGCAGAUGUUUUGCUGCUGCCGAACGGAAUGUCAAAGGGCUGUGGCAUCGUGGAAUAUGCCACUCGGGAGCAGGCGCAGAACGCUGUUGCAUCGCUCAGCAACCAAAACCUCAUGGGCCGACUCGUAUACGUUCGCGAAGACCGAGAGGCCGAGCCUCGAUUCAGCGCCCCCGGCGGCGGACGCGGUGACUUUGGCGGCGGAAUGCCUCGCGGCGGCGGCUUUGGAGGUGGCUUCGGCGGCAACCCUGCUGCUGGAGGCGGUGCAGGACGACAGGUCUACGUCGCCAACCUUCCUUACAACGUUGGCUGGCAGGAUUUGAAGGACCUCUUCCGCCAGGCUGCUAACAACGGCCAAGUCCUCCGCGCUGACGUUCACAUCGCACCUGACGGUCGUCCUAAGGGCUCCGGUGUCGUUGCAUUCGAGACUCCCGAGGACGCCCGCAACGCCAUCACCCAGUUCAACGGCUACGAUUGGCAGGGCCGCAACCUAGAGGUCCGGGAAGACCGCUUCGCUGGCGCUCCUGGUGGCUUCGGUGGUCGCGGUGGAUUCGGCGGACGCGGUGGCUUUGCUGGUGGCUUCGGCGGCCGUGGAGGCUUUGGUGGCCGUGGCGGAUUCGGUGGUGGCUUUGGAGGUCGCGGUGGCUACGCUGGCGGAGGUGGUUUCGGGGGUGCUCCUGGCGGCCCUGCUUUCGACCCCAACGCUGCGCCCGCCGCACCCAACCCAUUCACAGACUACGCUACUGCAGGCGGAGAACCCAGCAACACCAUCUACGUUCGCAACCUCCCCUGGUCGACUAGCAACGAGGAUCUCGUCGAGCUUUUCACCACGAUUGGCAAGGUCGAGCGUGCCGAGAUCCAGUAUGAGCCCAACGGUCGCUCUCGCGGAACUGGUGUCGUCGAGUUUGCUCAGGCUGGAGAUGCCGAGACCUCGAUCGCCAAGUUCACAGGUUACCAGUACGGUGGUAGGCCAUUGGGUCUCGCCUAUGUCAAGUACACCAACAUGGGCAACGGCGGCGAUGCCAUGGAGGGUACUGAGAACACUAGUGGUUUGACCCAGGAUCAGAUCAUGUAAAGUGGUCCUUGCUUUGCGGUAUUUCUUCGACGCGCAAGCAUCAGAGGCUGAUGCACACGGGUUCCCAUCUGCUCUGGUUAUGAGCAUUGUCAUGUUAGGAACACCUUUUUCUCUCUCAUUUCACAUGUAUACACAUGACGGAGCUUUGGAGAGAUCAUGUUACGGGUCUUGAUCACGGGCAUGUCUGUAGUGGACCAAAAUUUCCUUGUCGACAAAAGGGCUAGCUUUCGAAAUGUAAUGAGGGGAUCGAAUAGUAACCUAGCGGUUUC